AUGGCAGACCAAGUUACUGAGAAGCCCGACGUCGCGGCACCCGCGCCCGAAGGCCAGGACGCUUCCGCUACCGAACCCAAACCAGACCAGCAGGAAAUGGGCAAGGACGGUGAAGCCAAGACGGGAGAUAAGAAAGAAGAACCUGCAAAGGACGAUCGCGAGUCGAAAGAAGAAGAGCAGAAGCCUGCCGCCGAGGAGGACAGCGAGAUGCCUGAUGCUGGCGAAGCUUCUAUGCUCGACGCAGACCAGUCUCUGGCUGACACGACCGCGAAUAAGACUCCCGCAAAGGCGAAUAACAAUCGGCGGAAGUCGACUGGCGCCAAGAAAUCCGGUGGCAAGAAGGGCGCGAAAGCCAAGGUCUUCUACCUGGACGCGAAGCCUGGUGACCACUUCCUGGUCAAGCUCAAGGGCUACCCUGAUUGGCCCGCCGUUGUGAUUGAUGAGGAGAUGCUUCCUGAUCAGCUCAAGGCGAACCGACCCACGACAGCGAAACAAGCUGACGGAAUGUACAACGAGAACUACGCCGAUGGCGGUAAGCGCGUCGGCGAUCGGAAGUUCCCUGUCAUGUACCUGCACACGAACGAGUUUGGCUGGGUUGUCAACACCGAUUUUCAAGGGCCGCUGACGGCCGAAAUUGCCGAAGAGACAAUCAACAAGGGCACCAAGCUUCGCAAGGAUCUUAGGGCCGCCUUCGAACUGGCCGUCGAGCAGCAUGAUCUGGACCACUACAAAGAGGUCCUGGACGCUCACAAGCAAAUGAUGGAGGAGGACGCGGCCAUCAAGGCUGCUGCUGCCGCUACUCCCAAGAAGAGCAAAAAGAAGGGCAAUGGCGACGACGACGUCGACAUGGCGGAUAGCGUCAAGAGCAAGACGAAGAAGCGCAAGGCCGAAGACGAGACUCCGCAGCGCAGCGAUUCCGUCAAAAAGCCCAAGAUCAAGCUGAACACGUCGACCAACACACCCAAAGCCAACAAUGGCUCGGCAGCCAAGGAUAGCUCAGCUAAGAAGACGAAGCAAAAGAAGGGCGACAAGAAGGACGGUCCUCAGGACACGCCCGAGGAGCGAUUGGCUCGCAAGCAAAAGGAAGUGUUGUACCUCCGCUACAAGCUUCAGCGUGGACUUCUGUCCAAGGAUGCGCCGCCCAAGGCGGAGGAGAUGAAAUCAAUGGCUGAGUACAUCUCGAUGCUCGAGAAUAUGCCCAAGCUCGAGGCUGUGGUCAUCAAGGAAACGAGGAUCUACAAGGUGAUGAAGCAGAUCAUCAAGCUGUCCACCAUCCCUCACGAGGAGGAGUACCAGUUCAAGAGCCGGUCGCAGAAGCUGCUUGACGGCUGGAAUAAGACCCUGGCCAGCGACGAGUCUUCGGCAAAUGGUGUCAACGGCGCAAAGGAGUCCCCCACUGAGGAGAAGACAAACGGCGAAAAGACCGAUGCGAGCAAGGAACCUAAGGAGCCUGAGAAGUCUGCCGAUGAUGCGGAGAAGGCCGACUCCGCGCAGCCUGAGUCGGAGAAGACCCUGUCCGUGCAGCCCAAGUCGGAGAGGACCCUAUCUGCACAGCCCGAGUCGGAGGCGGAGAAGAAGGAGGACAGCGAGACGAAAGCAGAGGCGAGUACCGUCGAGGCCACGGCGUAG